CUAAAUGCUAAAACUAAAUCUAAUUGUUAAAUCUAAAUGUUAAAUCUAAAUGAUAAAUCUAAAUCUAAAUCUAAAUGUUAAAUCUAAAUGAUAAAUCUAAAUGUUAAAUCUAAAUAUUAAAUCUAAAUCUAAAUGUUAAAUCUAAAUGUUAAAUCUAAAUCUAAAUGUUGAAUCUAAAUGUUUCGGGUGAAACUAAAUAUUUAACUAAUAUGCAAAUUCAAAAUGCCGGUAACCGGAAGUGCCAAAAUAAAAGCUCGAGGAGGUCAGUGUGUGUUUAUAGUGUCAAAUAACGAAUAAAAACCAUCUCAUCCGGGGAAAUGGACUCUUGGACAUGGAUUAUCGUGAUAAUAACUACCUAAAAUAAUAAACACGUUUGGAGAAACUGUAUUUGAAGAGUAGGCUACUUUGAGUUUUUAGUGUCACUUUUAUGAAGGGUGCGGGACUUAUGACCUGUAGCCAUAAUAGCCAGCCACGAGGGGGCUCACUUUGACUGAUCUGUCAUGUUCGCUUGCAUGAAGGCCAGCAAGAGCCUUUCCCCGCCCGCCCCUGACCAGGUACGGUACUGUCGGUCAUGGUCGCUCUGCGAAAAUGUCCAACGAAUCGGCGUUAGCCGAGAACAUCGGCAGAGCCGUCCUGGUGGCUAUACAAAAUUUUUCAACAGCGACAGCAACCGCCUCAGGGCCACCACAGCCACAGGCCACCUCGGCUCCCACCACCUACAAUAACACACCGGGGCCAGCCACACCCACCACCUCCACUGGGACAUCAUACCGCUCGGGCUCCAGCACCAGCGCUACCAUACCUUUACCAGCAACAGACUUCGCUCCAGUGACCUGUCUGUCAAAUGACUACCAAGGAAGACAUCAGAUUUCCAAAGAGGAGCUUGAACAUGUUCUUUCACUGAAAACCACCUUUACAGAAGCGGCAUCUAUUCUUUCAAUCUCAAGGCCAACUUUCUACAAGUUACUGCAAGACUAUAAUAUCCCAACGUCAAAAUUUAAGAGCAUCAGUGAUCAACAGUUGGAUCUUGAAGUGUCACAAAUAAAAACUGAACACCCAAAUGUUGGAGAAGUGAUGCUUAUGGGGCAUCUCCGCUCCAAAAACAUUGUGGUUCAAAGACAACGUGUAAGAGAUUCACUGCGAAGGAUGGACCCAAUUGGUGUCCUAGCCAGGAGAAGAACAGCAAUAGCUCGGCGAGUAUACUCUGUCCCACAUCCAAAUUUCAUAUGGCAUGUAGACGGAAAUCAUAAGUUGAUUAGGUGGAAAUUGUUCGUUCAUGGUGCCAUAGACGGCUACAGUAGGAUGUUGAUGUUUCUUCAUUGCUCCAACAAUAAUCGUGCUGAAACUGUAAGAGACCUCUUUACUGCAGCUGUUGGACAGUUUGGCAGACCACUGCACAUCAGGACUGAUCACGGAGGAGAGAACGUUCAGAUUUGGGAGGACAUGCAUGCGAGCAGGGGGGAAGGCUCUGUCUUAACAGGAAGUUCUGUACACAACCAGAGGAUCGAGCUUUUUAACCGAGACUUGAACAAAAACUGCAGCCAUAUUUAUGCACCCAUUUUUUAUGAACUGGAAUCCCUGGGUAUUCUAGACAUAUGCAACAGACCUAUUUUGUCUCCAUUAUGUCUUUCUACCUAGAAUCAACCGCACUUUGGAGGAAUUCAAAGCUGGAUUUAACAAUCACUCUAUGUCAUCUGAAGGAAAUAGAACACCAGUUCAGCUUUUUACUCUGGACAAUGAUUUGCCUCAUCUUCACAACCCAGAACUCUCAACAGCAGGGGUAGUUUUUUGUUCCUCACCAAAACUCUCAAAGAGGAUUUUCCCCAUUGAAUGACAGGGAUUUGCAAGAACUGAAUGAUGCCAUUAACCCUCUUCAAAAUGACAACAACAAUGGCAAAACAUUGUUUCAGAGAACACAACAGUUUAUUUUUGAUAAACUUGUAAAUGUGUGAUCUCAGUAUAACAUGGACAACUGGGUAACAUUAGCCUUAUUGUACUUUCAAAAGUACACUGUGAAACAAAUAUUGAUGUUUUGUUGUGCUUCUUGAACUGCAAGAUUUAAAGCCUCUUGCCAGCAUAUAGAUGUUUGAAAAUUACAUAAUGGCACAUACUUGAUGUCAGUGUUAAAAAGGCUACAGACGCACUUUUGCAUCUGUUUUCUGUCAAAAGCAACGGUACUGUGGAUAAAUACAAAAUGACUCCUGUUAUGUGAAAGAACAGUGAAAUACUUUUCAGGGCUCUACAGAUGUAUUGAUACAUAACUGUCUUCCACUACAUUGCAGUACAUUGUUCCUGAUUUUUAAAGUACCUAAAUAUGCAAAGUAAAACUACUCAGUGAAGUAAAA